CACGAUGCUUGGAGUGAUAUUGCUCAUUCAUUGGAAAGAGAUGUAGAAGAAUGCAAAAACAAAAUGAUUAGUUUGCUUGCUUCACAUCGAAGAGAAAAAGGAAAAGUAAAGAAGAGCCAUAGUUCCGGAAAAGGUGGGGAUGAAACGUACAAAAGUACAUGGUUUGCUUACGAGGCGCUGGCAUUUUUAGGAGAUCGAAAUAAUCCAAGGAAACGACGCAACACAGAGAUUACAAAUGAACCGGAACAGAGUGCAUCUACAAGUGUCGAAAAUGAUAACAGUUCAGAAUUUAUAUCACCAACUGGUCAGGCCCCCAAAAAAAAGAAAUCAGACGAAAAUAAAAAAAUGGGCAUGCUUUCGGAGGCUCUUGGCCUGCUUAAGAGUGCUGCUUCUAGUCCUACUCCUGAACCCCGGAACAAUAAUCCAAACAAUUUUGACAGUGAAACACUUUUCUUUUCAAAUUUUAUAUGCAGCAAGAUGCAACAAUAUAACAGAAGUACUAAAAAUGCCGUGCAGCGAGCAAUAAUGGACGUAAUAUUCAAAGCCGAUGAAGGGUGCACUAACUUUUCUCAACAUUAUUAUCCAUCGGCAUUCAAUUACAGUGGGUAUACAACAGGCUCGGUUCCUUCAUCAAGAUACUGCAAUGAACCACCUUCUUUGUCUAAUCGCUCAGAACUUACUUCAGGGUAUUCAACAGGUCAAAAUCAAACAAGUUGCCCUACUGCUCCAUAUGCUUCACCUGUUCCCUCAGAAUUAUCUCAAACUUCAUAUGAAGAUGUAGACUUUGUGAAUGACCUGAUUUGAAAAGAAUAAAUUUUGUACUACAUGAUUUGAAGAUACAAUUUGAUUCAACUUUCUAAUUUUAAUUUUGGAAUAAUUUUAAUUUUGCUUACCCUACUUAAUACAAUAGCUUAAUUUGUUAUUUUAAUAAAUAAAUAAAAAUAUGUAAAACUCACCU